AUGCCAAGUGUGGACAGUGUGAGAGUGGCAGUCCGUGUUAGAGCCUUUAACCAGACCGAGAAGGAUGCAGGAUGUGGUUGCAUAAUCUCCGUGGCUUUAAACAGCGUCACAAUAUGGGAUCCGAGAAAUCAGAGCAACGCAAAAACUUUCACUUUUGACCUAGUCUACUGGUCACACAGCGGAUUUAUUAGAAACGAGGAAGGGAUUCUUAUUCCCGAUGGACCAACCAGCAAAUAUGCAGACCAGAAAAGGGUGUUCAAUGAUCUUGGCCAAGAAUUGUUGAGCAAUGCGUGGCAGGGAUACAACACUACACUGUUGGCCUAUGGACAGACUGGUUCAGGAAAAAGUUACUCCAUGAUUGGCUAUGGACCAGACAGAGGAAUAAUCCCAUUAACUUGUGACGAGUUGUUCAAAGCCAUUAAACAAGAUCAAGAAGAUGAUAAACAGUACCAGAUUUAUUUCAGCAUGUUGGAGAUCUACAAUGAAAAGGUGAUCGAUUUGUUAUCAGAAAGAAAGCAGCCUGGAGGUCUGAGAGUGCGAGAAAGCUCCCAAAGGGGCUUCUACGUGGAGGAUAUAAAGUCAGUGCCUUGUGAAAACUACGAGCAAAUUGAACAGUUGAUGAAGGAAGGAACUAGGAAGAGGAGCACAGCAUCCACCAAUAUCAAUAUGACCAGCAGUCGUUCACACAUGAUCAUCACUGUACAGUUCAAACAGGUAUUUUUAAAAGAGCACCUAACAAAACAGUCCAACAUAAACCUGGUGGAUUUGGCUGGCAGCGAGCGGCAGAAGUCCUCUGGUUCUGAGGGGGAUCGUCUGAGGGAGGGAACAGCCAUCAACGUCAGCCUGACCACUCUGGGCAAUGUCAUCAGUGCCUUAGCAGAAACAGCUAUGGGGAAGAGGAUGCUCCAUGUGCCCUACAGAAACUCCACACUUACUAAACUUCUGCAACCUGCCCUCGGUGGAAACAGUAAGACUCUGAUGAUCGCAACAGUCAGUCCAGCUGACAUCUGUUAUGAGGAAACUCUCUCAACAUUACGUUACGCUGAAAGGACGAAAAAUAUUCAGAACAAGGCUGUGAUAAAUGAAAAUCCAACAGAGCGACUUAUUCAGGAGUUAAAGGCAGAGAAUGCCAAGCUGCGAUUAAAGAUCUUGAAGAUUAGAAACUCUGGACAAAGGGUACAGGAGGAAACGGAGGAGUUACGAAGCCUGCUGGCUGAGAAUGAGCUCCAGAUGGCGGAGAUUCAAACAUCUUGGGAGCAGCGUCUUGAGAAAGCGCAGAAAGAAUGGAAGCAUCAAUACUUAAACCUAAUGCAGGAACGGCUCAUGAUUCAGUUAUACCCCUAUCUGUCGAAUGUGAACGUGGACCCACAGCUCUCUGCCUUCGUCAGGCACUUCAUCCAGGAUGGAGAGUGUGUCGUGGGACAAUCUGGAAAUUUCCCGCGGGCAAUUGUUAUUAAAGGCUUAGGUAUUGCUGAUAAACACGCCACCAUCACAAACCAGGACAGCAAAGUAACCCUGGAGCCACAUGGACAAGCCAGAGUGAUUUUAAACGGGGUCCUCAUUCAUACCAAAGUUCAGCUUAGACAUUUGGACCGACUUAUUCUGGGAUCCAACAGCACUUAUCUUUAUGUGGGAUAUCCAUGCGAACGCAAUGAUGAGGACUUGAGCAAAUAUGAUUAUGAUUUCUUCCAGUCAGAGUUGGCAGCAGUAGAAGGCUUUGACAGAGAUGCUCUGGGUCACGCUAGUAGGAACAACAGGAGCGUUGACCCGAGUGUGCUUGCUGUGUUCCAUGAUUACAUCAGAGUGAAGCCAAUGGUGGCAGAAGCAAACCAGAUCAGCAGAGAGUUAAAUAAGGAUCUCACUUUUGAAUUGGAAGUGAAAAACUUGGCACUGACAGACUCCAGAGGCUCUGACCUGGCAAAGGAAGUGAUGGUGAAGGUGACAAACAAAGUAAAUUAUGAGGUAUGGGCCUGGUCGAAGGCCAAGUUUGUGAACAGGAAGUUCAUUAUGGAAGACAUGUAUCAGCGCUUUGUUGAUGGGGAGAAUAUUUCUGUGGACAGAGAGAAUGAUCCAUUCUGGGAUCCUAUUGAAGCAGUUCAUUUAGGUACUGCUUAUGUCUGGCUUCAGUCUCUGAACUACUGUAUUGUACUAGAGGAACAUGUGGAGUUUCAUAAUUCCCAGGGCAAAGAAGAGGCCACUUUACAGAUGAACCUGGUACCAUGCAACCCACGUGGACAACCUCUGGGAGAAGAGGAGAUCCUUAUUGAUCCUACAGAGUUAGUGGGGCACAGGCUGGAUUUUCAAGUUCAGAUAACUCAAUGCCUGGGGAUCAAAUGGGUGGAAAAGAACAUCAAGAGAGGAAUUCAGAUUUUAUAUCAUGUACUGAACCAUCCAUAUUCUUUCCACUCGGAUCCUGUCUGGAACACAGUAAAUGCAAAAAUAGAUCACACAAUGCAGUUCACUGUCAAGUGUGUGUCACAGGAGUUACUGAACUAUCUGCAAAAUCACGCCCUGGUUCUGGAUCUGUGGGGUCUACAAGAGGGUUGUGCAGAAAUGGUCUUUCCUGGUGAUUUUGAAGUUACUGACGAAGGCAGUAUAAUUGUAGAUUAUGAGAGAUCACAGCUACCCCACAGUAGUAAUGUGGAGAAGGGAGAUGACCAGCUCUCUGAACUUUACAUCCGGUUAUCAAAGUUAGAGCAGGAAACUGAUCUGCUGAGGGACAUCAACAGAACCUUAAGAAGAGACAAUGUCACCCUAAAGGCCAACAUAAAGAAAAUGAUGAGCGCUGGCUCAAGACCCGGAGAGAAGUCUUUCCACCAAAUGAACACUCAACUCUUUUGUUGGAGGAGCACAUGCAAGGCCAGCUGUGAAGUUGACUUUGCCAAGGCUCUGAAAACAUUUUACAAAAGCAUGAACAGGGUGCAAAGCCAACUACUCGGACUGAGGCGACAUCGACCACCGGACGAGGAUGAUGUGGAAUCACUGCGGAUAUAUCUCCACAAGCAAACUCAAGGGAUAAAGGAUUUCGGGGAUCACCUUGAAUCUUGCAUAAAUGCACUGAAAAAUGACAUCAGCCUCAUCGUUAAGAAAAAGAGAGAGAACACCACAAGAUUAGAUGAAGCCAGGUUCUAUUCUACCAAGUGA